AUGGCUUCUGCUGUUGAUUCUCCCCCGGCGCACUCGCCUCCUGCCCAUCCUCCUCAACGACCUCGAGGCAUCCUCAAGAACUCGUAUCAGAAAUCUCCUCCCACUUCGCCGAACCACGAUCAACCUGCCAGCGAUAAGGAGCUCACCAUCGCCAACACUCAGAUCAACGCUGGUCACCGUCGUUCUUCCUCUGGAGCUCGCCCUCCUGGAUCCCGCCGACAAUCAGGCGCCAACAGCUCCAUCGGAGACGUUCUCGAACCCUCCCAACGACUUAAGUGGGACGAGGCAAACCUCUACCUCACGGAGCAGGAGCGCUCCUCUACCAUGAAGAUCACAGAACCCAAGACUCCCUAUGCCAAACACUACGACCCCGCCGAAGACCCGUCGGACGAAGACGAGGAUCCUCUGGCGGACGCUGGUGCUCGUCUUAAGAAUUCACGUCCAAGCCGUGAGGAUGACAUUCCGGGCCUUUCGCUGGGCGAACCGGAAGAGGAGAUCCCGGAGGCGGGCGCGCCGUCGCCCCGCAGCGAAAAGAGCGUCCACGUCGACGACGAGAGCAGCAUCGGGCACAACGCGGAGGAGGAGCUGGCGGGCAUGUCUCCCGAGGAGCGUGAGAAGCACAGAAAGUUUGAACAGCUCCGAAAGAGACACUACGAAAUGAAGAAUGUGGCCCAGCUCCUGGGCCACCCCGAGACGCUCCCAGAUGAGGAUGAGGAUGACGAGGGCGAGGUGCCGCCUGUGCCACAGGUACCGCGCGUGCCCAACGGUACUGCGUAG